AUACUGGAGGACAGAACUAUAAAAGGGUGUGUGAGCGUGGAGCCCUACAUCCUUGGGGAGUUCGUGAAGCUGUCCAAUAACACGAAGGUAGUGAAGAAUGAGUACAAAGCCACAGAGUGUGGUCUGGCCUACGGCCAUUUCUCCUACGAGUUCUCCAAUGGAACAGAUGUUGUCGUUGAUCUGCAAGGUUGGGUGACAGGUAACGGGAAAGGCCUCAUCUACCUCACAGACCCCCAGAUUCAUUCCCUUAAUAGCAAAGAUGUUUCACGCUCCAACUUCGGAAAGAAAGGAAUUUAUUACUUCUUUAAUAAUCAACACGUGGAGUGCAAUGAAAUCUGUCGCUGCCUUUCUUUAACAAGACCUUCAGUAGAGCUUCCAAUGUAG